CAACGUUAACAAGCGGGAUUCUCUGCACUUCCGUUGCUCAUGACACCGGAGUGAAGUUCUUACAGCUGAUUUUUCAGUCAGUUUAUAUCCCGUCUGAGUCAGGAAAUCCUCCUUUUUUAGAUUACUUACAAUCGGACGUGCGUGCUAUAAUCUCCGGUUGGAGUUACAGACAGCGCCCUCAACAGAGGAAGGUAGCUGAUUAUGGUGUAGCACGGAGCGCUAGCUCAGAGACAGCAGGUGUUUGAGCAGCAGUGCAGUGCAGCGUGCGGCAGACUGAGCCAGAUCACAGCAGUGUAGCCAUGCUUACUUUGGCCAGUAAGCUGAAGAGGGAUGAUGCUGGAAAGACAGCUCGUGCCUCCGGAGCUUCCGACUCCACCCACAGGGUUUCCAUCAGGGACCGCCUCCUUACCAAAGAAGUUGCAGAACUUGAAGCCAAUCUCCCUAGUACAUGUAAAGCCAGUUUUCCAGAUGAGGACAAGCUGCAUCACUUUCAGCUGGCGGUGUCACCUGAUGAAGGUUACUACCAAAGUGGAAGGUUUCAUUUUGAAAUAGAUGUCCCUGAAGCCUAUAACAUGGUGCCUCCUAAAGUGAGAUGUCUGACUAGAAUAUGGCAUCCGAACAUCACAGAGAAUGGGGAGAUCUGUUUGAGCUUAUUGCGGGAACACUCUAUUGAUGGCACAGGCUGGGCCCCCACCAGAACAUUAAAGGACGUGGUCUGGGGAUUGAACUCCUUGUUUACUGACCUGUUGAACUUUGAUGACCCGUUGAACAUCGAUGCAGCAGAACAUCAUCUGAGGGACAAGGAGGAUUUUCGGAAUAAGGUUCAAGAUUAUAUCAAGCACUAUGCAAGAUGAUAGAAGCAUCUACAUCCGCCUGCACCAAUCAGCCCAACUGCUCUACCUUGCCUCUGCUUAUCUUGGCCAACUCCCCAGUGUGUGUGUGAAUCAACAACUGACUCAGUCUUUGACUCGUACCACUCCCCUCCUCUUGACCUCACAGCCUUGCCUGUGUCCCUCUCCGGUCACCCAAUUGCAAUAAACUCCUCCCUGCAGAAACAAAAUAUAAAAAGAAGAAAAACUCGUGCAUUUAAGAAAGGACUUGCAUUCAGAAGAAAAAUGUGCUUUAAUGAUCCUAAAUGGUUGAGUGGUACAAUGACCCCAAUGUCUUUUCAUUGUGGAUAGAGCACUGAAUGACGCCACCUCACUGAGGUGCAUCUGAGCCUGUCAGAAAUGAGCCAUGGCCACGAACAGCAAGGGAUUUGAUGUAACUAUUUAUGAUGCCAAAAACAAUUACAAUAAGUCUGACUUGGCUGUUGUAAAAUCAGUGAAUCAAGACAAAAAAAUCUGUCAUCAUCAGUUCUCUGUUCCAGUGCCUACCAUGUUUGUGCUGAGAAAAUGCAUGUGAGUUCACAAACACACACACACACACACGGUCACAUCCCGUGGUAAAAGGUGAAUACAUGUAUGCACAUUUUUGUACACGUAUUACUGACACACACAUUCAAGCAGUAAAGCCUCCAGCCUCCAGCUGCACUAGACAGCAUGUGAAUGACCACAUUGUUCCAUUCUGUUGUCACUGUGCUUGCAUGUGCACACACAUACACUCACACACACACACAUAUACACUUACGCACAGACUGUCUGUGUUUUUUCAGCUCCAGUGGGAUUAAGUACUAUUAAAACCACAACUCAGUACUGUAGUUUUCAGCUUCACCUCUCCUCUGCACCUCUACUCCUCUCAUUUUGCUGUUUGUUUCUCAUCCAUCUUUCUCUCUGUUUAUCACACACACACACACACACACACACACACACACACACAACCACUUACCUUUAUUCCAUUUUGGAUAGAGUGGUUUAUUCAUACUUACAGUGCAGUCAGUGACAGUGACACAUUUUUGGUAUGAUGGCUCUGUGCAUAUGCACUUUGGUGUUAAAACAAUGACUAUGGGUGUAAAGGACUGAUUUAGAUUUAAUUUGACAUCCACAGAAAACUUUCAGGAAGUGUAGCUCUUUUUGUACAUCGUCUUCCUGGCGUUAGACUCAUCAUGCAGCAGUCUUCGAUUCCUGCUCAUUUUCGUGCUUUUCCCCUCAGUUGGGUUUUCAAGUGAAGCGGGUGCUCAUUUGGAUUGACGUGACAAGACUGACCUGACUGGUGUGUAUGGCCAGGAUCACUGUCCUAAAAUCUAGAGAUUAUUUAUAAAAGAGAAGAUUAGGCCUACACUUUACUGUCAGAUCACAGAACACAGUAAAACACCCUUAAAAUUGAAGGUUGGCUUUUUAAUGUGAUAGUCAGUGCUCCGUUUCCUUCUCAUUGUGCUGCAGUAUGGAAUAAAAGCCAUUUUACUAUC